GCAAAAGAGGGCGGGGUGCCGUUCGGACACAGGUGCCGACGCGCCGUUCCUCUCCUCGCUCUUUCCCCUUAUCCAUAUCUUCACUCCCGAGUCCUCCGCGCUCGCUCUCUCUUCUCUCUCUCUCUCUCUUCCUCUCUCCCUCUCUCUGUGCGUGUGGAUUGAAGAGAGAGCAUGGCGUGCUUUGUGCCACAGCUCAUGCGACUUUCCGACGCUCAUUCCGUUCAUUUGAGGACGCACCACCACAGCCACCAACAUCAUCAACACCACCAGCAUCACCAUUCAUACUUAAAAACUAGAGAGGCUGUAUGUUUCCGAGGGCAGUGUAUGUCAUCCUCUACAGCGGCAGUGAUUGAUGUACAGAAGCUGCAAAUUCCAACUCUGGAUUCUCAUGCAACCUCAUUACAGACGAUUGGAUCAUUGCCAUAUAUUGGAGCUGUUGGUCCUCCUGGGAAGAUUGGUUUUCAGGAAGAUCUAACGGCUGAAAUAUUACUUAGAAGUGAUGAGGCAGCAAUAGAAGCUGCUGCCGCGGAGGCUGUCGCUCUUGCCAAAGCUGCUCUAGAUGUUGCCAAAGAUGCUGCUUCAAUGGCUGGUGACUUUCAAUCUACAAAAUCAACAAAACCUGGAAAAGGGAACUUGGAGGCUGAACUUCUUAGGAUGGAGAUGGAUAGGCUUACAGAACUGGAAGAAGUUGAUUCUGCAGAUAUUCCAGCUACAGAUGAGAAGACAAGAACUGAGAAGCAGAAUCUAUCGUUGGAUGAUUCUGAUGAUUUAAAUAAUUCAGACUUUGAUGAAGAGUUUUACUGUUCUCAGACACAUCUUAAAAGCAUUGCGGUGAGAUCAGGACGUCAAACUGAAAGACGGGCUCGGAGAGCAAAGGCAGCUGAAAAGACUGCUGUUAAUGCUAGUUUUUUCAAGUUUGGGUCCGUGGGAAAGAAAAAGCAUGCUGCUUUACAGGAUAUCGAUUACUCUGAUCCACUACGUUACUUGAGAGCCACGACAAACUCAGCAAAACUGCUCACAGCAACUGAAGAGCAGGAGCUUUCAGAGGCAAUACAGGAUCUGCUAAAAUUGGAAAGGCUUAAGGUAGAACUUGCAGAUCAAUAUGGACAGGAGCCCACAUUUGCUCAGUGGGCUGCUGCGGCUGGGCUGAAUCAGAAAACUCUGCGGCAUCGUCUAAAUUAUGGGACUUUAUGCAAGGAUAAAAUGAUAAAAAGCAAUAUACGGCUAGUAAUAUCAAUUGCAAAAAAUUAUCAAGGAGCUGGAAUGAACCUUCAGGAUCUAGUACAGGAAGGAUGUCGUGGUCUUGUACGUGGCGCAGAAAAAUUUGAUGCUUCCAAAGGUUUCAAGUUUUCAACAUAUGCACACUGGUGGAUUAAGCAGGCAGUUCGGAAAUCUCUAUCCGAUCAGUCUCGGACCAUCCGUUUACCUUUUCAUAUGGUCGAAGCAACGUAUCGAGUCAGGGAGGCAAAAAAACAGCUGUACAAUGAGAAUGGCAGACAUCCCGACAAUGAAGAGGUUGCUGAGGCAGCAGGGUUGUCGAUGAAGAGGCUUACUGCGGUCAUGCUAACACCAAAGGCCCCAAGAUCACUGGAUCAAAAGAUUGGGAUUAAUCAGAAUCUGAAACCCUCGGAUGUGAUUUCGGAUCCAGAUGCAGAGACAUCAGAAGAGGUGUUGAUCAAGCAAUUUAUGAAGCAGGAUCUUGAGAAAGUUCUUGACAGCCUUACUCCAAGGGAGAAAAAGGUGAUAAGAUGGAGAUUUGGUCUUGAAGAUGGCAGGAUGAAGACUUUGCAAGAGAUUGGAGAGCUUAUGGGUGUCAGUAGAGAAAGAAUUAGGCAGAUUGAAUCAUGUGCGUUUAGAAAAUUGAAGAAUAAGCGAAGAACCAAGCAUCUGAAGCAAUAUGUUAUGUCUUAGUCAUAUAUAUAUUCAGAAUCUAUGCUGGUGCAAUUUAAGCCCUGAAAGCCUCGUUUCUCUACCUCUAUAUAGCAGCAAUUUUCUAUGCUUAUCCUUUCUCUUUUUGUCUUUGUAAUUUAUUUACAAAAUUGGUUGUACAGGGUCAAAAAUUCUUUAUGAACAUUGAUUAUUUGAAAAAAAUAAUCGUCAUCUUAUUCCUA